AGGCGCAUUAAGACAGUCUGAAAAUUUGAAUAAAAGGCUGCUUUUAAUUUCACCACAGUACUCAGCACACACUGAUCAAAGCAGAGCAAGGCAAGAUUAAUCCUAAAAAUGAAGACGUUAGUAAUUGCCUUCUGUGUCACAUUUGUGGUCGCUAAUUCAUUGGCGGUUCUAGGCAAGCAGGCAUUUAUGGACGACUCUCAGCUGUCAGACGGCGGAACAGAAACACGGCCACGAAAAGGAAAGAGAGAUCCUGGCCUCCCAAUACCGCAAAGCGAGGAACGUGACGAGAACACAGAGCCAAACAAACAAACCUACUUUAGAGAUAGUCCCGGUGGUAACACACGGCCUCGUAAAGGAAAGAGAGAGCCUGGUCUUCCAAUACCGCAAAGUGAGAAGCCAUCACGUGACGAGGAAAAAGGACAUAUGUGGUCGGAUUUUGAUCGGCAGGCAAAGGAAAUAGAGAAAGUGCUUAAAGACAGUCAAAUCACGCGCAGAACGUUUCAGAAGAGACAAGAGAACUCUCACAAAAGGUUUCAGAAGAGACAAGCUGUCACUGGUAAAGCCAAGAGUGUAUGGGAGGACUUUGUCGACGCCUUGCAGAUGUAAAACAAAACGGAAAAAGGAAUAAAAGCACGAUAGUUCAGGAAGCUUGAUCUAUUUUCAGUAGCUUUACUUUAUUUAUAUUAGAGUUGUUAUAGCAGUAAAGACUUAUGACAAUCAGAGAUAUACUGUACGUACGAAAAUAAAAUUGUGCCGGUUCUUCAAAACCUCAGUUGUAUUCUCUUUUUUUCUGAGCAUUUUAUGGAAUCCGAAUGUGGAUUUCGUUCUAAGCAUUCGCACAUGGAUGCGAGUGAAACAACAUAGGGACUCCUUAUACGGCACUGAUGGCGAUGAAAUCCUGUUAGAGGGUUCAAUCAGAGUUUAGGCAUCAUCUGGGUGUUCUACUUUAAAUAUUAACUGUUACGUCCUAGGGUACGUUUUCAAAUUAAAGCAAGGCAUAAAUAAGCAAUGCUACUUGCCACAUAAUAAUCUGCGUGAGGAAUGUUCGAGGGAUUGAGCUAUAGGAUAAGAAUCUGCUUUGGUGCAUGCAACUUUUAGGGGUAAAAUAAAUUAAAUCCUACACCCUACAAAGAAUUAAUUUGAUACAUUUUAGGGUAAAUUAAAAAAAAAGCUUCAAUGAGCAUCUUAGUCAGUCCUAUGCAUAGGAGGUUUAAUCCUGGAGCGGAGGUGGGAAUAGUCAUUAACGUGUUUUACAGUUAUUGUACCUUUUGGACGAUUUCAGGCCUCAGUAAAUCAAACCACAUGAAUAGGAAGUGCAACGAAAGUAAUGAUUAUGCAACCACACCCCUUAAUUUUUAAACUAGAUAUGUCUAUUUUCCAUUGUAAACCCUAAUUCCACACUAAAGCAACUUACUAUUUUAUAGAAAAAACUCACGAACCCUUACCCUGAACUGGGGAAUCUCUCUUUUGGUUGACUUCUGUCCAUGAACCACGGGGGUAUUGGGCUUGGCUCUUUUGGUUGGGUACAAGCGUAUUUUGUUAGUUGACCAUACCACAGUUGGAUCAAUACGUUUCCAAGCUCAAUCCGGAAAAUUGAUUUAAAGUUUGUCUGUCUCUGGCUCAAUUUCAAAGCGGCUGGUGUGGGAACCAUUCAACGAAACAGUGAGGAUCGAAAUGCACCAAUCGCACGGUUGAAAACCGACAAAUCACAGUGGAGCAUCGUGCUUUAUAUAGGUGAAGCUU